AAGCAGAAGCUCGAUGCAGCUGAAAGUGAGGCUCUACCAUUCUCAAUUAAAACGCCGAAUUUGAACACUAAAACGAAAGAUUUCUGCUUCCAUUUCUUGGUGUUUCCGUCCCCAAAUUUCUCUGUCUAAAACUACGCCCCUUUGUCCCUCUCUUUAUAUGCCCUUUUCUUCUUCACUGUAACACUCUGCGCUUCUGCAAUCCUCUUCAUACACAGCUCGCGUAGAGCAUUCAAGAAUCGAGAAGAAGGGGAAGAAGAGCAGAAGAAGCUUUUGGGCAAAAUGGCUGCUAUCGCUCAAGGGAUUGGGGCCGUCGCUGCUGUUUCUUCAGCCAAUUCUUUUGACUCCAAGAAACCCCGCAUCUUUACUCGCAGAUCUUUCCCAGAGAGGAAAGGCAGGUUUUUUGUGGUUAGCUCUGAAAGAAAAUUCAGCUGUGAUCUGAGCAGUAAUGGGAGAAGAACACAACAGUUAAUUGCUAAUGCAGUAGCAACAAAGCAGGAUGGUGCAGCAACUUCAACAUCCUCUAAGCCGGGACAUGAACUUUUGCUAUUUGAAGCCCUGCGCGAAGGCCUUGAAGAAGAGAUGGCGAGAGAUCCAAGUGUUUGUAUAAUGGGUGAAGAUGUGGGUCACUAUGGAGGUUCAUACAAAGUUAGCAAAGGCUUGGCUGAAAAGUACGGAGAUCUAAGGGUCCUCGACACCCCGAUUGCCGAGAAUGCGUUCACUGGCAUGGGCAUUGGUGCCGCCAUGACUGGUCUUCGUCCCGUCAUCGAGGGUAUGAACAUGGGAUUUCUCCUUUUGGCUUUUAACCAGAUUUCGAACAACUGUGGCAUGCUCCAUUACACAUCUGGCGGCCAAUUCAAGAUACCGGUCGUAAUUCGGGGACCGGGUGGAGUAGGUAGGCAGCUCGGGGCGGAGCAUUCGCAGCGUCUCGAGUCAUAUUUCCAGUCGAUCCCCGGGAUCCAAAUGGUGGCGUGCUCGACCCCGUACAACGCCAAGGGCCUGAUGAAGGCUGCCAUUAGAAGCGAUAACCCCGUGAUUCUCUUCGAGCACGUUCUGCUCUACAAUCUCAAGGAGAGAAUUCCGGACGAAGAAUACGUCCUGAAUCUCGAAGAGGCCGAGAUGGUAAGACAAGGCGAGCACGUCACGAUUCUAACCUAUUCCCGAAUGAGGUAUCACGUUAUGCAGGCUGUGAAGACCUUGGUGAACAAGGGCUACGACCCUGAAGUUAUCGACAUCAGGUCACUCAAACCCUUCGACCUUCACACCAUCGGGAACUCGGUGAAGAAGACUCACCGGGUGCUCAUCGUGGAGGAGUGCAUGCGCACCGGAGGAAUCGGCGCAAGCUUAACGGCUGCCAUCACCGAAAACUUCAACGACUACUUAGACGCCCCCAUCGUGUGUUUGUCGUCCCAAGACGUGCCGACUCCAUACGCGGGGACAUUGGAGAACUGGACCGUCGUCCAACCUGCACAGGUUGUUACUGCGGUCGAACAGCUUUGCCAGUAAUUUAUUAUUAGUAGUAAUAACUAAUUGAUGUUCCAUCACUAUGCUUGUUAUUUCGGGUUGUUAUAUCAUAAAUUUGUUUUGUUUUGUUAUAUCAUAAUUGAUGUUCUUGGAACUUGAUUGUUUUGUUACACCAGAUUGGUGUUUAGUUUUGUUGUGCAUGGAACAAUUGAACACAGUUGAAUCAGGAAUUUUGGAUAAUUUGUUUGUUU